AGCGUUACUGAAUUUUUUACUUUGAUCGUCUUCAGAAACAAUGAAAUGUGUUUAUAUUUGUAGUAAAGACACAUCAGUCCACUUCAUCACUAACUUAAAGUGAAGCCAGUGAGUUUGUGUGUAAAGAAAACACUGCUAUAAAGAAAACUUUAAUCUGAUGUUUGAAUUGGACAAACAGGUAUUAUCUAAUGUUACACUGUAAAAAAUCUGAACACCUUUUACUGUCUAACUAUCAAAUCGGUGAGAUGUUGUUUCCAGUGUCUGCAGUACCCUCGUGUCUCAUUGUUCCUGAGUUGUGGUUCACACAUUGAGACUUUUUCUGGAAGUGAAAGUAAACUUUUCUUUGUGCGUCAGCAGUGUCUGGUGACAUGUUAGCUGUUCUGGCUGUCAGUGAGUUUAGGUUGUUUCAUUGUGUUUGCUGAAGAUUUAACAGAAACACCAGGCUGAAGAUGUUUCUGCUAUUUCUGCUCCUCAUGAACGUUUCCCAGCAUGCUCUGGCUGUGGAGGUAGAAGGAAAUACAGAGGCAGAGUCUGUCCAGCUGCCCUGUCAGCACUCAGGUUUUAUACCUGAGGACAAUCCCACAGUGACGUGGACCCGCAAUGAUCUCGAUCCCACAACCGUCCACCUGCGACGAGAAGAAGGAGAUGAUCUUAAAGGACAAAACCAGCGUUACAGAGGGCGCACAUCCAUGAGGCCUGAUGCUCUGGACUCUUUAGACUUCAGCCUUACUCUGAGAAAACCACAACUGACUGACAGCAGCAACUACACCUGCUCCAUCAGUAAUGGAAGAGAAGAACGACAACUGACAGCCGUUCAGCUAAAAGUCAAAGCUGACAGAGAGGAGGUGAAUCCAGGGGUUAAGUUUGUCCAGCUGCCCUGCAAUACCACACUUCAUCUGGCUGAAGAUGCUAAAGUGGAGUGGAUGGACAGUGGUGAUCAUAGGAUUCAUGUAUUUCAGAAUGGCCUGGACCAGCCAGUUGGACAGAGUAAGGAUUACAGAGGACGAACAGAGAUGUAUGCAAACCUGGUGAAAACUGGAGACCUCAGUCUGUUCCUGGAGCGCCCCACAGAGAAAGACACAAACAUCUACACCUGCACCGUCUACAGCAGGGAGGGAAACAUCCUGCUGAUGAAACAAGUGAAGCUCUAUGUCAGAGAUUACACAUCCUCAAACAUAAUAGUAACCACAAUGGUAAGCUUCACUGUUGUGUUCAUCAUUUCUAUUUUUGUGGCCUAUUACCUGGGUUUACGCCAAGGUCGAUGGUAGAAGACGGCUAAAAAGAAGGCAGUGGAAGUGGAGGUCGGCCCUGCCUCAGGAGGCCACAGUGGGGUGAAGACAGUUACUACAAAUAUGUGAUGGUCCACGUGUGUCAGUGAAGCCUAAAAUAGACUGAUAAACCAGCCUGUUAGAUUGAGCUCAAAGCAGUUUGUCCUUAAUACUGGAUCUCAUUCUGUCCACUGGCUGCUGGGAUCUCUUUCUGCUUCCUACAGUCCAAAGACAUGUUUGACAUGUCCUGCAGCAGCUGAGAUAAGUUCCUGAAGUUAGCGUGUUUACACUGCACUCAUGUAACAGUUUAGAUAAUCUCACUGUUUAACAACUGAGCGUACAUCAGGAGAAUGAACAGCACAGGAGGCACAGAGAAUGAAAGGAACACACACUUUAUUUACAGUGAAGUAAUGUGAAAACACAACGGCUGAACUACACACAAGAUGCCUGAUGAUUUAACCAAUGAGACUCCACAAUAAAGUAACUAUAACUAAAGUCUGUAAGUCUGAAAAACUGUGGGCAAAGUCAAACUAACAUUUCAGUAGGAAUAAACUGGGAGCAAAAGCCAAAACUAUGAUCUCUGUGAACUACAACAAUACUAUGAUUAACCUGGAGCAGAGCUAUGAUAGAUGCUGUGUGCUGUAAAUUCACUCUAAACUAAGAGUCCAUGGAUUGAGCCUGAAGGAUGGAGAGUUCCAGGGCUGGGAACCCGAUACGGGGUAACAGCCCAUGCAGGAACCCAGAGGUGUGGGGGUAAGUGAAGGGUUAGAAGGGUAACGGAGCCGGGGAGCUCAGAGUCACGGCAAUGAAGGGAAACAGAUGUCAAAGAGAGCUCCAGAGGCCAACCCAGAUUGUGCUGGUCUUUGAAGCCGGCAGCCAAACUACGUCCAGGUACUGCCUGUCUGUGAUGACGCGGCGACUCCGCCCAGAGGUGAAAUCACUGGCACUGUGGAAAAAGCCGGCACUCACCCGGACCAUGACAAGGAGGAGUUUCUAUUGCAAUGUAACUCUGAGAUCAGCAACGUUCCUGUAAACUUAUCAAAUUUCCACAAACAGAUCGUUUGAUUAUGGAAAAUGAUAUUUAUACACCACUCCUCUCUCCACAUGUCCUCCCUUUGGAACAAUAGUAUCGCUGAAACUGGUUUGAGGGUGAUGCAUUGUUAGUGAUUGAUUCACUGAACUCUGUGUUUUUUAAUCAAAUAUAAGCAGUGUUGGGAAGGUUACUUUUAAAAUGUAUUCCAUUACAGAAUACUGAAUACAUGCCCCAAAAUGUAUUC